CUUUAAUAGCAUAAUAUAAUUUUUAUCUUUCUUGGUAGGGAAAAUGUUUCCCCUUAUUUUAGAAUCAAAAUCAUCAUGAUUCCUAAAUUUCAAAGUAAGGGCUUGGAUUAAAUCCCACAUGCCACAGUUAAAAGAAUCCAACAAAAAAAAAAAUAAAAAAAUAAAACUCAAACCAAUAAACUACUCUCAUCCUGUGCGUCAAAUUCCAUGUGAAAACAAAUCUCUCUCCUCUCUCUCAGUAUAUAAUCACCAGUCACAGACAGCUUUUCUUCAGUACUCUUCGUCUUUUUCUUCAAACAAAUUGUGGAUCGAAACCCGAGAUGGGGUUUCUAUUCAAUGUCAGGUUUCUCUCUCUGAUAUUGUUAUUGAUAUUUCACCACACAUCAGAAGCUGAGGACGUCAAUGCCUUCACCAAUACUAUUGAUAACACCAGUUCCACAGCCAGAGAACUUGCCGGUAACUGCAAUUUUUUCAGGGGAAAGUGGGUUUAUGACUCUUCGUAUCCUCUCUACAGCCCUUCCAGCUGCCCCUUCAUAGAUCCACAAUUCAACUGUCAAAAAUAUGGUCGACCCGAUAACACUUACCUCAAAUACAGAUGGCAGCCCUUUUCUUGUAACAUUCCCAGGUUUAAUGGCUUGUAUUUCCUGGAGAAAUGGAGAGGGAAGAAGAUCAUGUUUGUGGGUGACUCACUGAGUUUGAACCAGUGGGAAUCGUUAGCCUGUAUGAUUCACGCAUGGGUGCCCAAUACUAAGUACUCAGUCAUAAGAACAAACGGUCUAUCUGCGGUGACAUUUGAGGACUAUGGUCUGAAGAUAAUGCUAUAUCGAUCACCAUAUCUCGUGGACCUUGUGAGCGAAAAGGGGGGAAGAGUGUUGAAGCUUGAUUCAAUAAGGAGUGGCAAUGCGUGGAGAGGCAUGGACAUGCUCAUCUUCAACACUUGGCAUUGGUGGACUCACUCUGGAAGGUCCCAACCUUGGGACUAUAUGCAAGAGGGAAACAAAUGGCACAAAGAUAUGAACCGGCUGGUGGCAUAUUACAAGGGGCUAACCACAUGGGCCAGAUGGGUCAACCGUAAUGUUGAUCCUUCUAAAACCAAGGUCUUUUUCCAGGGAAUUUCUCCCACUCAUUACGAGGGCAAGGACUGGAACCAACCAUCACAAUCAUGCUCAGGGCAGACCCAACCAUUCCUUGGGUCACGGUACCCUGCUGGGAUACCAAUGGGCUGGGUCGUUGUGAACAAAGUAUUCAGUAGGCUCAAGAAACCAGUGUAUUUACUUGACGUUACAGGGCUCUCUCAGUUGAGAAAGGAUGCUCACCCAUCAGGAUACAGUGGCGAACAUAGUGGUACUGAUUGCAGCCAUUGGUGUCUUCCUGGUUUGCCAGAUACUUGGAACCAGCUCCUGUAUGCAGCACUAUUUUAGUUGAAGUUUUCGAUGGUAAAAAAAAAAAAAAAAAAAAAAAAAAAUCUAUUGUUUUCCAGACGCCUGGAAAUUUCUUUCCAUUUUUUAUUGUCAAAGUGGGGAAUAAGAGGGAUGAUGCUUCGAUUGUAAAUUUAGAUUGAUUAUUUGGUCACAAUUAGUUGCCUGAAUUGAAGAUCAUUCCCUUGAAAUUCAAAGGCUAGCUCAGGAGUUGUUAGUAUUUAAUUACAUUGAGCAUCUCGCUCUGCAAAUUUGUAUGAAGUUAAUUAUUUGAUAGGCAUAAACUCUGUUACCAUGAAAAAGAAUGGACUAUAUUUAAUGCCUUCAAAUUUACAAAAGCUUGUAGUUACGCGCAA